CGACGAGCAAAAGCACAGUCCGUAAUUGUAUAUUGAAUCUUCCAGCGAGAGUUUGUGUGUUUGUAUCUUAUUGUGAAAUACUGUUUGGAGUGCGUGCACUGAGAAGUAAUUAUUCAUUUGUGCCAUAUUCGCUUGUAAAAUCAUUUUUGGACCAUUUAGUGUAAUUAGUAGUUGAACACAGAAAAAGUGUCGGCACAACAUCAUAGAAUAAGUGAAGGCAUACUCAAGGCAUAGACAAGGGUUUAUAGCACAAUUCUAUUGAACAAGCUGAGCGAUGAGGUUACUUUGGACGGCAGUGACUUUGAUCUGUACGAUAAAUUUCGUGCACGGUAAAACCAACAAUGGUACGGGCAAGAUAGAAAUUUGUGAUACAUGUCUUUGUAAUGUAAAUGAAAAAUAUUUAAAUUGUGCCGAUCAAAAUUUAUAUAAACUAUUCGAAGCCAAAGACUGGGAUGCACUCAUUUCAGCGAACAAAACGGCCGUAUUGGACAAAGUUGAAUUUAAAAAGAAUGGCAUUGAAGUGAUAACGAUCUUUCCAAAAUUGGACAUUCGUUCAUUGAGUUUUCAACAUAAUAAAAUUCGUCAAAUUGAAGAUCGAGCAUUUUUCAAUUUGACCACGUUGGAACGAUUAGAUUUAUCGGAUAAUAAACUGACACGCGAAGCAUUGCAGAGCAAAGUGUUCGAAGGACAUUAUGAUUCAAAAUUGUAUGAACCAUUGACCAAUUUGAAAUGGUUAAAUUUGGCAUCAAAUGAUUUGCAUACACUGGACCUCGAUCUAUUCGAUCAUUUUCCAAAUUUGGAAACGCUGAUUUUGGCACACAAUCAAUUCAGAAUUCUCGAUGGAAAUACUGUCAAUGCGAUUUCGGGCAUUCCAAAAUUACAAGUAUUAGAUAUGAGUGCGAUGGAACUAAAAGAAAUACCAUCAUCGCUAUUUCAUGGACCACGAAAUACAUUGAAAGUGCUCAAUUUAACUGGAAAUCUACUUACCGAAAUUCCCGAUGCCCUUCAUUAUGCCGCCAAUUUGGUCGAAUUGGUUUUAGAUGAUUUACUCAUUGAGCACAUUGGUGGAAACUACAGUCGAUUACCUAAACUCAACAAAUUGGAAAAGCUGAGCAUUUCGUUUAUGAGAAAAUUGCAAACGAUCGAAGAAGGUGCCUUCUCAGGCUUACCCGCAUUGCGUGAAUUUAACUGUCAAUCGAACCUUCACUUAAACUCAAUUCAUCCGCAUUCCUUCAACUCGACGGAAAUCCAUGGCAACUCAUCGGGAACUAAUGUCGAUUGGCCACCGAUUCAAAGUUUGAUUUUGUACAGCAAUAACCUGUCGGUGAUUAGUAAAGAAUUGAUCUUAUACUGGAAAGAAAUUGAUGAGAUUGACAUUCGUUACAAUCCAUGGAAGUGUGCCUGUGAAAAUCAAUGGAUGGUCAAUGAAUUGAUACCCAUGAUUAAAGAGAAAUCAAAGAAAAACCCUUCCUUGUAUGAGGAUAUCAAAUGUGAUCAUCCAAUCGAAAUGAAGGGUAGAUCAUUUGAUGACUUGAACUUGAAACAUGUUGGAAUGAGAUGUGAAGACUAUUAUGGCCGACGACCAGAACGAGAUGGACCGAUACUUGUCGGCAUUUUUAUCGGAAUUUUGAUUGGCAUUCCAGUAACGAUGGCCGCUCUAUUCCUAUAUAGACGUGGAUGUUUCGGUAUAUUUGGAUAUAGACCAAACCCAGCCGACUAUGGUCGAGCGUUUUAUAAACGAACAGAACUCAGAGAGGACUUACACAUAUAAAUUGCAUAAUGUUCAAUGUUUAGUUUUUACCAGAAAUGUCAACCAAAUUCAAUUUUAAUGCAUUUUGAUUACAAUUGUGAUUUUAUGCUAGUUUAAAUACAUACAUAAUACAUACGUACAUUAUUAUUUUGUGUA